AUGGGGAGAACCGCAAAGUUGACCAAGGACAUCAUUGACUAUUAUCAAUAUGAUGGGGAAUCUCUUUAUGAAACUUGGGAGAGGUUCAAAGAUCUCCAAAGACAUGUCCCUCAUCAUCGCCUUGUAAGGGAGCAUGUGCUUCAAAUAUUCUAUAAUGGCUUGGGUGAGAUUACAAGGUCUACCAUUGAUUUGGCAUCGGGAGGUUCUUUGAAGCAAAAGACGCUUGAUAAAGCUAAUGAAUUGAUUGAGAAGUUGGCGAUGGUUAGUAGCAAUUGGUCCUCGGAAAGAAGAAGACCACCGGCUCAAAAGGCAUUAAUGAAACUUGACCAAUCAAAAGAGUUUGAAGCUAUGAAGGCCAUGAAUGCCUCUUUGCAAAGCCAAGUCGAUGCCUUGAAGAAGCAAGUGACCCCCCAGAACGCUCCGGUGGCAUAUGUACAAGUGGGAUGCGAACAUUGUGGGGACUUCAAUCAUGGUAGUAGUGAUUGUUAUGCCACGGGUCAAGCAUGGAGUGAACAAGUGAACUAUGUGGAAGGUCAAAGGCAAGAAAAUGAUCCUUACUCGAAUACUUAUAAUUCCGGAUGGAGGAACCAUCCUAACUUUGGGUGGAGAAACCAAGAGGGCCAAGGCAAUGCUCAAGGGUCUAAUCAAGCGGGUCCAAGCUUCCAAGGUGGAAAUAGACCUCCACAACAACAAGGAAAUUACCAUCAUAAUCAAGGUCAUGGCAACAAUUCAGGUGCUAGACCUCAACAUCCCCCCGGUUUUCAACCUCAAAGAAAUAUGGAUGAAGGGAAUACAUUUGCCAAGUUGAUGAAGGAGCUAAGAGAGAUGAAGCAACUUCAAAAGAACCAAGUCACCACUAAUCAAAUGCUUGAAACUCAAAUCUCACAACUUGAUAUCAAUCUUCAAGGUAGACCUCAAGGGGGAUUGCCAUCCACUACGGAGAAUAACCCUAGAGAACAUGUCAAGGCGGUAGAGCCCCGAACAAGAUCAAGUCAAGAGUUACCAAAGGAAUGUGAGGAAGUGGUUAUCGAGGUUGAAGAGCCUUAUGUUAGGCCGCCGCCGCCGCCACCCUUGGCGGAUGCACUCCGAGAGAUGCUGCAAUAUGGCAAGUUCUUGAAGGAUAUCAUUACCAACAAACGGAGUUGGGAUAGUGGCGCAACGGUUUCCAUUCCGGAAGUGUGUAGCUCAAUCAUCUUGAAUGAUCUACCGGCUAAGUUGAAGGACACAGGGAGUUUUUCUAUACCUUGCACUAUAAGAAAUAUGAGUUCUAUAAAUUGCCUAUGUGAUCUUGGUGCUAGCAUUAAUCUUAUGCCUUUAACUCUUUUCAGGACACUAUGUGGAGACCAAACUGUGAAAAGCACCUCGAUGGUACUCCAACUAGCGGAUCAUUCGUUGAAAAGGCCGUUUGGGAUUGUUGAGGAUGUGCUUGUCAAGACAAGGUAUAACGAGAGGGAUGUGAACUUUCAUGAGGUUUCCAAGGUGACGUUCCAUUCCGAUGAGCUUGACAAUGAAUAUUCCGACGAAGAUGAACUCAACACCGAAACUUUGAUCACGAAUGUGGGGGUUACACCUCCAUCCUCUCAAGUACCACCCCAAGUGGAGAUGAAACCACUUCCACCUCAUCUCCGGUACACCUUUGUUGGGGAGAAUGAGACCUUGCCGAUCAUCAUCUCCGAUAAGCUUUCGAAAGAUCAAGAGAGAAGAGUGGUCCAAGUAGUGAAGGAGCAUGUGUUAGCUAUAGGGUGGCAAAUCUCCGACAUUCGAGGCAUAAGUCCACAAAUUGUGAUGCAUAAGAUUCAUCUUGAAGACGAGUCAAAGAAGUCAACUCAAAGGUAA